AUGACGGCGGGCUGGAGAUCGGGCGCCAGAGGAUAUCCCCAUCGGUACUACGAUGACAAUACUUUUGUCAGCAGUGUGAAUGCCGGAGAAGCAGACACUUCCAUAUUCUACGAAUACCCAAUCCUGCCCGAUGCUACCUACACUGAGGGCCGCCCCGGUCUGGAUAGAGUCAUUUUCGACAGGAAUGGGAACUUUAUCACAAUCAUCGCGCACGAGACACGCCAAAAUGCCAACGACUUUCGUGUUGGCUUUGAAGCAGGACCAAAUGAUUGGAAUCAGAUCGAGCUGCAGAAUACAAAUGGGAUCGGCAGCUGGCAGAGAUGGCUGAGCAACCAUGCUGCCCGGGGAGGUUUGCAGUUUGUGAUUGGAUAUGCCUUCGCAGACAAGGCCGUGCAAUUCUGGCCUAGGGGAAAUUAA